ACGUAAAUCUCAAAACUUUCUCGCAGAAAUGUUAUAAAAACGCUCCGGAAACAAUUAUUAUCGUAGAACAAAACAUAAAUUUGAACGAGCCAAUUAAAUUUCGUUGACUUUGUAAACAUUCUCGUGACGGGAUACGCCUCCUUCUUAUACGAGUUUCGCAUUUCUACAUUAAAUGAAUUUCGAAUCGUUUUUCGCAAUAUCUAAGUCGAGUUCGUCCGCCUUAAACCUGUAAAAAUGGUCCUACACUUUCAAUUGUUGCUGUCGACUAUUUUGUACUUUAGUGUGUUCGUAUGCGGAUUAAUGAUUACUAUCUGCUUAGCAAUUAUAAAGUCCAAUGUAUCGGGAAAAUGUUUUCUGUUUUCUGAGAAACCUAAGGUUGUUGUUGAAAAUGAAGAUUGUGGAAAAGUACCUAUUUGUGAUUUUGAAUUGUAUUUACCUGCAAUUACUUUGCUCUAUGCAUUUGCAAUGACUGGUUACCAUGGAUAUGCAGCAUUGGUUGCUUUUAGAGAUCAACAUAUUGGACGUACAAUGUGGAUAAUGCCAUGGCUCUUGUUGAAUUCUCUAGUUACUUUGACUACUUUUGUGGCUGCAUGCGUAUUUAGUAUUGGUUUUCAUUCAACAUGUUUGAAAUUAACUGAUAAUGAUCCAACCAAACCAUGUUCUAAAAUAUUUAAUAUGGCAUAUAAAUCUAAGAAAAUUACUUCUUUUGAUGAUUAUAAUGGAGUAAUGUUGGUUCAGUUUACUUAUUGGGCAUCGGUACUGUUAUGGAUAGGAAUAUUUAUAGCGAGUUGCAUCCGCUUAAUGAGGAACAUUCGAGCUCGCUCCAGCGGUACUUGCGAUCCGUCGUCGGACGUUAGACCGAUCGCAGAAUUGACUCCCACCGCCUAAAACGUUUAUACAUCAAAAUUAAGGUUUUACAAAUUACGUUAAGGUUCCACAAAUUUAGAUUUUAAUAUCUUUUAUAAAUGAGUUUGAAAGUUAAAAUUUAUUUAAUAUUUUUGAGCGAAUUUUUAGUCAUUACCUUUAUGAAAAAUAACAAUUUUGAUCAACUAAACUAUAAAUAAUUAUUGUUUUUCAUGAAUAUAAAUGCCAUAGUUUUCUAGUCACUUUUUUGUUUAAUGCCAGUUCAAUAAAACAAUGGAAUUAAUGUUGAUUUAGUAAACUAUCAUUUUUUGUUUGUAUCAUUUUUUAUGUACCUGUGUAUAAUACAUUUAUUAUAUCUAAUAUAUUUAAUUGGUCUGUAAACAGUGAAAUAACAUUAUAAUUUUUCAUAAUCAUAUAUUUAGGGUAAAAAAUGAUUUCUGUAGACAUUUGUGAAUACAUAAUCAUUUCUGAAGAUUGAUUAUUGAAUUUAAAUAUCAAAAUACUGGUUUCAUUAACAAUAUUAGCUAGAUUAAAUUGUGUUUGUAUAUUUGUUUUAUUGCUUUAGAAACAUAUUAAAUCAUAAUCAUUAUAUAGCAAUAAUAUAAUAUAAUAAUAUAUACAUAUAUAUUUACUGUUGCUCAAUUUU